GUGGACGGCGACAGAGUCAUGGAGCCCUCACACGCCGCCGGUCCAGACACCCAAGAGGCGACGACAAUGACGGCAGGGCAGCAGCUCCGCCACGCCCCUCCGUCCCUCCACCCCGACGUCGUACCGGCCUACGCGCCACCGGAGUCGGACAGCGACGAGUCGUGGGUCUGGUCCCAGAUCAAGGCCGAGGCGCGCCGCGACGCCGACGACGAGCCGGCGCUCGCGUCCUUCCUCUACGCUACCGUGCUCUCCCACCCCUCGCUUGAGCGCUCCCUCGCCUUCCACCUCGCCAACAAGCUCUGCUCCUCCACCCUCGUCUCCACGCUCCUCUACGACCUCUUCGUCGGCUCCCUCGCCGCGCACCCCACCAUCCGCGCCGCUGCCGUCGCCGACCUCCUCGCCGUGCGCUCCCGGGACCCUGCCUGCGCCGGCUUCUCCCACUGCCUCCUCAACUACAAGGGCUUCCUCGCCGUCCAGGCCCACCGCGUCGCGCACGUCCUCUGGGCGCAGAACCGCCGCGCCCUCGCGCUCGCGCUCCAGUCCCGGGUUGCCGAGGUCUUCGCCGUCGACAUCCACCCGGCCGCCACCAUCGGCAAGGGCAUACUCCUGGACGCCGCCGUCAUCGGCGAGACCGCCGUCGUCGGUGACAACGUCUCCAUCCUCCACCACGUCACCUUGGGCGGGACCGGAAAUGCGGUGGGCGACAGGCACCCAAAGAUCGGAGACGGAGUUUUGAUUGGCGCCGGGGCGACGAUACUUGGCAACGUCCUGAUUGGCGCCAGCGCCAAGAUCGGUGCUGGGUCCGUGGUGCUCAUCGAUGUGCCCGCGACGAGCACGGCCGUGGGGAACCCCGCGAGGCUCAUUGACGAUGACAUUCCGGGGGAGUCCAUGGACCAUACCUCCUUCAUACAGCAGUGGUCGAACUACACCAUCUGAACCUCUGGCUUCCUCUGUGACUUGUAAUAUUAAUGCCUCAUCACCUCCCUUUCGUUUGGAUCGUCAACUGGUUCUGCUGCUAGCCGCAUGCAAUGUUCUUCUUAUUAAUUAUGUCUGCCUGUAAGAUCUGCCUGGCAGAUUGUACAUCGCCGUGCUCGACUCCCCGCCAAAUGUAUUGCACUAUAUGUUCACCAUGUACUACCUGGAACUUUUGUGAAGAUGCUCUGUUGUGAAAUGUUAUACCAAUUACAAAAACUAGU